AGGCCAUAUUGGAUUCUAUGAAGUCGGCUUGCACUUUGAUGGGAUUGAGUGUCCGUCGUUUUGGGAGUCUAUAAAUCGCUUUCCCGGAUUUAUAUCAGAGUGAUCACAGCAGGCAUUCCGCUCGAGACUCUGCCAAGUCUGGACGGCAAGUUGUCUCGUUUUGUUGUGGAAAAAAAUGAGUCCAACCGAUGCUAAACGGGGGGCUAAACGCAGGAAGAACAAGCGGGGCGGUGGCAGUAGCUGCAGUGCUGUCUGCAACACCAGCGGUGGCAAGGCCGGGGUUGCUUCGGCCCUCGGCUGUGCGGGAACUGCAACACCUGCCUCUGUCGUCAGCUUUUUAACACCUGGGAACACGGGCAGCGGGAAUAUGGGGUCCAUCACCGGCUUGAACGGAGAGGUCAAAGUGAACAACAGUGUUGCACCACAGUUUACGGAAGGACCAGUGAAUGCAGACUUCUCCGGAGUCCUUCAGACCCCAUUCACGUUCGGCCUGAACCAGCGGGCGCCGUACACAGCCGGUGAACGGUGCCUCUUGUGCCGAUGUGAGCGUAAAGACAGCGUCGUGCCUUCAGAGACAGGCAUUUCAGGCCAGAACGGUACCGCACAGCCCGCUAAGACAGCCAGUGCCCUUCAGCUGCCUCUGUGGGUGUGCUCCGACUGCAGGCGCACGGUGGAGAAGGAGGACCGACAUACUAAUCUGGAGCAGUCGUUGGGGAGUCAGGACUUUCUCUUGCACAUGCCUGUGGGUAAUGGAAACCUCGGCCAGGACGCAGCCACAGGGGACAGACUGACCACUGCUGCGCCUACAUUACCCGUGCUCCCCGCUCCGGACCUGACCGCACCAAUGCCUGCUUAUUCUGUGUGCAGCUGUGAAGCCUGCAAUGAGAGGCGGGAGAUCACGGCGGAGUCGGAGAGGGAGUCUCAGCAGCUGCAGAACCACUGGUCGGAGGUGCGCUAUCUGGUGCGCUGCAUUUACCGUCAGACGGGGACUUCUCUCGCGGACGACCACGACCAGCCCCUAGAGAGAGACAAGGAAGGCAUGAAGGAGCUGGUGGACAGACUCUGUGAGAAGGAUCCCUAUCAGCUGUAUCAACGCCUGGAGCAGCAGGCUCGAGAAUACGUGUUGGAAAUGAAGGUGCGGCUACUUAAGCAUCUGUCCGCGGGCUCCAAAACUGCGGGGCCAGUGGCGACUGUGGCUGCAGUCCAGUGUCCUCCUCAGGCCCACCAGUUUAUUUCCCUGCUGCUCGAGGAGUACAACGCCCUCUGUCAAGCUGCACGCACCAUCAGCAGCUUCCUGCUCACCCUGGAGAACGAGCACCUCCAGAAAUUCCAGGUGACGUGGGAGCUGCACAACAAGCACCUUUUUGAGAAUCUGGUUUUCUCUGAACCGAUCUUACACACCAGUUUACCGGCACUCAUUGCACAGCUGAAACAUGGCACAGCCUCUCAUGAUUCAUACAAUGAAGAUAUGUACAGGACUUUGUUAGAGAGCUACCACCAGUUGCAGCAGGAGAUGGCAUCAGUGGCUGCUGAAUGGCAGGAAUGCGAGAAGAGGAUCGAUGACUAUGUAGAUGAACAGCUGCUUUUUAAGGUGGAGGGUCAGAGCGUCACCAACCAAAGAACAGAGCCGCACAAGUCCUUGAUUAGCAAAAACACUUUAAAGACAAAGCAGCGGAUGCUGAAGGAGGACUGGGAGUUCUUUAAGCAGAGGAGAUUUAUAGAAGAACAGUUGCCCAACAGUAAGAAGUCAUCCACAGCUGAUAACAACUUCACAGACACUAUGAGAAUGCUCUCGUCUCGCCUGAGUAUUCCCGACUGUCCAAACUGCAAUUAUAGAAGAAGGUGCACAUGUGAUGACUGUAGUCUCUCCCACAUACUGACGUGUGGCAUCAUGGACUCUCCCAUCGCUGAGGACCUCCACAUCAAGCUGCCCUUGCAAGGGGAACCUCCCCGGGACUAUCUAACGGAGGUGCACCCCCCCAGCCUCUCGUCCGGCAGUUCAGCAUCUGGCUCCAACUCCAGCUCUCCCAUCACCAUUCAGCAACAUCCGAGGCUCAUUCUGCCUGAUGGGGACACCAACACUUUCAUUAGCGAUGAUGAUGAAGUGCCUCCGUUGUCCAGUAAGUUUGGGGACAUCUACCCUAUUAGUGGUUACGAAGACAACGGUGCUGUGACCGCUGCUGUGAACGGCCUCCAUAAUGACAUGAAUGGGGAAGGUGACAACGUGGCACUUAAGGCAGGGUCUCCUCAUAUUACCAGCAGCAGUAGUUCAUCUGAGGGUGAUGAGGAGGAAGCGAAUGGUGAGGUCGGUGGGGAGCCCCCAGGGCAGCAGGAUGAGCUCUCCCCGGGAAAGACGAAUAGUCCUCCACCCUCCUAUAACCAUCAACAGGUAGAACAAGUCCAGCAUGCCUGCGAAUGCCACGUGUGCAACCAGGACCCCAGCUCCUCCGCCCUGGGCCCCGCCACGUGCCUACCCCCGAGUCGGCUCCACGCGGCGCCUCCCCCCAACGUCGGACAUCAGUUCUUCACAGACGGCAAGAAUCCCCCCGCGCACCCUGCCCUCCACUUGUACCCACACAUCCACGGCCACCUGCCCUUACACAACUUCUCCCGGCCCCUGCUGCAUCCUACGCUCUACCCGCCCAGUCCCCCUCUCACACACAACAAGCCUCUGCCCCCGAACCCUACAUCAAACCACUCAGCGGCCAAGCAGCCGGCCUUCAGCGCAUCGUUACCAGAACACGUAUACCAGAACUGCUUCGGCGGUGCAGGUGGGGCAGGUGACUGGAAUAGCUCGCUGCAGUGCCUCUCGCUUAAGUUUGAAAAUCUGUGGGAUGCUACAGUGAUGAAGAGCUGGAAUUCAUCUAUGCUGUUGCCUGAAUCUCUACCAGGUGACAUGCUCGGACCGCCCCUCGCCGACGUGCCCCUGCCUCCAACGUCAUCUAUUGGCCCCCAAGGGGAACACCUCUCCCUGCCCACCCCCAUGCCCCCAUCGUCCUCAUCAUUGUCAUCGUCGUUGUCCUCGUCAUCGUCCUCGUCGUGCUCCUCUUCGGAAGCCAAAGAGCAGAAGAAGACCGGCGCCAAGAAGAAGUGUCUCUACAAUUUCCAGGAUGCCUUCAUGGAGUCCAACAGAGUGGUGAUGGCCACCUCUGCCUCCACGUCCUCUGUGUCCUGCACUGCCACCACUGUCCAGUCAAGUAAUAACCCACCCAUCCACCUAGCAUCUAAAAGACCCAACUCUUUAGAUGAUGUAUUUCACAAUCUAGGCAAAGAGGACCACAGGCAACCCACUCCAGUUACUAGAAAUGGCUCCACAGGACUGACCUCACUCCCUCCGCUUUCGGGCCCUGCCCUGCCCCCAGCCCCCACCACGCACCUCCCCAUAAUGGGAUCACAGCCCUUUCCAAAGAUGGCCACACCAGCGCCAGAGUUUGUGGAGUCCCACCAGGCACUGUGCCUACCACCUGCAGAACCUCCAGCCUCCUCAUUGGACGGCCCCAUCAGUGCCCCACCCAGCGUCUGCAGUGAUCCUGACUGUGAAGGCCAUCGCUGCGAGGGGAACGGGGCAUACGAGCCGCCAUAUGAUGGAGAGGAGAGCCAGGACGAGGACAGCUGCUCCGAGCAUAGCUCCUCCACCUCCACUUCCACCAACCAGAAGGAAGGAAAGUACUGUGACUGCUGCUACUGCGAAUUCUUUGGGCAUGGCGGGCCCCCGGCUGCUCCCACCAGUCGAAACUAUGCAGAGAUGCGGGAGAAGCUUCGCUUGCGUCUUACAAAACGCAAGGAGGAACAGCCAAAGCGUGAGGAGCAGCAGCCAGUGAUAGAAAGAGAUGGAGGCGUGGAGGACCACAGGCGGGUGGAGGACCUGUUGCAGUUCAUCAACAGUGUGGACAGUAAACCUGCGUCCAGUUCUAAGGCAGCCAAACGGGCCAGGCACAAACAAAAGAAGAUGGAGGAGAAGGCCCGUCUGGAGGCAGAGGCCCGUGAAAGGGAGGAGCAACAGGUGUUGGAGGAGCAGCAACGGCGACAGCGGCAGGAAGAGGAAGAGGCGGCGCUUAAAAAAGAGCUGCUUCGGCUGCAGGAGCUGCAGCAACACCGCGCUGCCAAAAAGAAAAAGAAAGAGAAAGCGAAGGAAAACACAGCUCCCCCCCAAAACAACCCCCAGCCCCUCAAACAGACAGCUCAGAACGUCCUAGAUAACCUUCAGAACGGAAAGUCGCAGCUGCUUCAGACACUCAUCUGCUUGCCUGACCAGAAGGAGCCCAGGUUCGACCCCGUACCCCGGCACAACUUACAGCACAGCCCUAAGCGCACCACUGAGAAGGGGUUUUCUACUGAGACCAACAUCCCCAACUCUCCGGCCAACCUCCACAAUGGCACCUCCACAUCUCCAAUUGAGGUCAGCGGUAAAGUUAAGACCAAGCAGUCUGCCAAGCUGGCCACCUGUGAGGCCGCUGUGAAGAGGGGCCCGGAGUUGCCCAAGAGCUCUGAUGUGACUGCAAAGCUGGCCAACGGCACCUCCCCCACCACUACAACAGACACCAAAGCAAUGCGGAUCAGGCCCGUCGAGGCCCUCGCGUCCCUACCAACCACUGAACCACAGAGGGAGGAAAGGUGUAACAACAGGAGUGCCAGCGGCAAAAGGCAACAGCAGCCCCUCACCCAAAUAAAGGAAGGCAGGAGAAGUCCCCCGGUGUCGAACCCAUCCCCGUCCCCCCCUCCGAGUUCCCAGUCCGAGCAGAGCCAGCAGAACGGCAAAGCUCCCAGUGCAGAGUCUCCACAGCCCAAAGGCAAGACCAAGAAGAGCAAGAAGAAGAAGGGGGACAAGAUGAACAGCUUAAUAGAUGACGUAUUCUUGCCCAAAGACAUCGACCUGGACAGCACGGAAAUGGAUGAGACGGAGCGGGAGGUGGAAUAUUUCAAAAGGUUUUGCUUGGACUCUGCCCGGCAGACGCGUCAGCGGCUUUCCAUCAACUGGUCAAACUUUAGUUUGAAGAAAGCUACGUUUGCUGCACACUGAGGGUAUUAGUGAGUGACUGUCAGGACACAAUCAGUACCUUAACAGCUAUACAAACCCACCACCCCCCCGCCCCCCUUCACCUCCACCCAACUCUUGUCCUCCCGCUGUGCCCAAAUCACACCCAGGCUGCCUUGCUUUGUUCUCGUCACUGUGUGGUACCAACAUAAAGAUCCAUCUGGACUGUCCCACCCGCAGAACUAAAACAAAAGUGAAAAUUUAACGACACAAGAAGAAUCAUGAAUUGCUACAUCCGAUUAAUUUCCCUCGCGUGCUUGUGUGCUUUUAGUCUGAGUUGGGCAUAUCUCUUGACUGAAAAAGCCAUGGUCUGAAAUUAUUAAAUUAUUUUCUUAUAUUGGCUUACAUGUAGUAAAACGAUGCAUACUAUGUUCGGAUGGUUUCCUUCCAAGAAAAUGAGACAACAAAAAAAAAAAACACAAUGGAAACUUUAAAAAAAAAAAAGAAAAGAGAAAUGUAAUGAAUUAAAAGCUGUAUUUGAGAUAUUGUGGCUUACUUAUCCCAUCGUUUCCCAUUCCUAGCACGGCAUCUCAUCCACAUGUUUGGCAGGGGAAUGGGCUUGGUUAGCUGGUCUCCACUCCCCCCCUCCCCUCCCCUCUCCCCACACACCAACUCCACCCUAGUUCACAGAAAGGAGGAAGGCGUUAAUACUUGACAAUGUUCUUUUUUUGGUUUUUAAGUUCUGUUUAACAAACUGUUGAGUAAAAGUGUACCAGUUACAGUUUUGUUUUCUUUAUUUUUGACCUGUAGCCAGCUUGUAUCAGGAUACUUUCAGAAUGAAAUUGAAAAAGAACAAUACUCACACUAUCAAUCUGUUAUAGAGUGUAUAUUGUAUUAACACUGAAGCCAAACUGGCUACUUUUAACAUAUUGUUAAGUAAUAUUAAAUCUUGUCUUUCUUUUUUGAAAGAUGGAAUACAGUAGUAUGGCAGGA